CAAUGAAAUAAAAUCAAAACAAACAACAUUAAACCCAAAACACAACAUACCAAAUCAAUCAAUUUAACGACAGAACCUUCAUACACAUUCAUUAAAUCCUCUCCCAAAAGGCAAAAACUUUUCUCAUCUUCUCCUCCCCCCUUUUGAUUCUUUCUCUCGUUUCGUUUAAUGGGUGUUUUCUCGAAUCUUCGAGGACCCAGAAUUGGAGCUGAAUCAGGAGGAGCCAAUGCCAAUGGCUCUCCUUCAUCAUCAUCAUCUUCUUCUUCUUCACCAUCUACAUCAAUCAAGCGAAAGUUGUCUAAUUUGCUACCAAUCUGCGUUGCUCUGGUAGUUAUAGCUGAGAUCGGGUUCCUGGGUCGGCUCGAUAAAGUCGCUUUGGUCGAUACGUUGACCGACUUCUUCACCCAGUCUCCUUCAUCACUCUCGCAGUCUCCUCCGGCUAGAUCCGAUCGGAAGAAGAUCGGAUUGUUCACGGACCACUGCGAGGAGUGGUUGACGAGAGAAGAUUCAGUUUCUUAUUCUCGAGAUUUCACUAAAGAUCCGAUUUUUGUCUCUGGUGGAGCAAAGGACUUUCAAUCGUGUUCUGUGGAUUGUACAUUUGGAGAUAGUUCAGGUAAGACACCGGAUGCUGCGUUUGGAUUAGGUCAGCAACCUGGAACUCUUAGUAUAAUCCGUUCUAUGGAAUCAGCACAGUACUAUCCAGAAAAUGAUCUCGCUCAGGCACGACGGAGAGGUUAUGAUAUUGUGAUGACCACUAGUCUAUCAUCAGAUGUUCCUGUUGGGUAUUUUUCAUGGGCGGAGUAUGAUAUUAUGGCUCCAGUACAACCAAAGACUCAGAAAGCCAUCGCAGCUGCUUUUAUUUCCAAUUGUGGUGCUCGGAAUUUUCGUCUACAAGCACUUGAAGGCCUGAUGAAGACUAACAUCAAGAUUGAUUCUUAUGGUGGUUGUCAUCGGAACCGCGAUGGAAAAGUUGACAAGGUUGAAGCUCUUAAGCGAUACAAAUUCAGUUUGGCUUUUGAGAACACUAACGAGGAGGAUUAUGUCACUGAGAAAUUCUUCCAAUCCCUAGUUGCUGGAUCCGUCCCGGUGGUAGUUGGUCCUCCAAAUAUAGAAGAAUUUGCACCUGCUUCAGACUCAUUCCUUCACAUUAAGAGUAUGGAAGAUGUGGAGCCAGUUGCAAAGAGAAUGAAGUAUCUCGCAGCUAAUCCUGCUGCUUAUAAUCAGACACUAAGAUGGAAGUACGAGGGUCCUUCAGAUUCUUUCAAGGCACUUGUUGAUAUGGCUGCUGUGCACUCUUCUUGCCGUCUCUGCAUUUUCCUGGCCACGAGGACCCGAGAACAAGAAGAGAAGAGCCCGAAUUUCAAGAAACGGCCAUGCAAAUGCAGCAGGGGAGGAUCAGACACAGUUUAUCAUGUUUUUGUUAGAGAAAGAGGCCGGUUUGAAAUGGAAUCCAUCUUUUUAAGGGGUAAAAAUCUGACUCAGGAAGCUCUAGAAUCCGCGGUUGGCACCAAAUUCAAGUCUCUUAAAUAUGAGCCGGUUUGGAAGAAGGAAAGGCCUGUAAGCUUAAGAGGAGACAGUGAGCUUAGAGUACACAAGAUUUAUCCACUUGGCCUAACGCAACGACAAGCUUUGUACAACUUCAAAUUCGAGGGAAAUUCGAGUCUAAGUACUCACAUUGAAAACAAUCCUUGUGCUAAAUUUGAGGUUGUCUUUGUCUAGUUUCAUUCCUAUGGAUAUGUUUCAGCCUUUUUAGGUAUCAAUAUCAUCAUCUCAGCUGUGAAGACAUGUCCAUGUGCUGGAAUCUCAAAGUGCAAGAUUAGAUGAACUGAAACUAAAGGUUAAUUUAGUUAUGACAUUGGUGAAUGCAUUUUGUUAGGGAGGAGGUCAGAGGGUCUAUGUAUAUUGUUCCGACAUUGCAGAUGAGUUUGUUCUUCAUUUCUAUGGGUGCAAAGAAAUGUUUGGGAUAUAGAGGAAUUUGAUAGUUUUGAGUCUUUUGAAUAUGUCUUAGGUACCUAUCACUGUUAAAUGCGUAAUCACAGUUUUCUUCCUA